GAGAGAGCAAAGCAGACGAGCCGGAUGACACUGGCGGCACCUGGCGAAUUACGCGGACGAUGGGGGCUCCGGAAAUUCUGCAGGAGCUGCGAAACCGCAUCCUUGGCGCCGAGGAUGACAGCCCCUUCUUAUCCGCUGCGGUCACGGAAGUCCCGAACUGCCACCUCUGGGCGCAGCCCAGCGAACAGGAGGAGGCGCCUGACUUCGCGGGUCAAGCUCGAGCCGCGAUCCUCGAGGCCUUGGGAAACGUGGCACAGCAGAAGGCCGCCUACAAGGACUGGUGUACUGCCCUCCCAGCGCAGCGGAUCUGCAUCCCCGACCUACCUGCGAGAGAGGAGGAGCAUGACAAGCCGCCUGUGCCGACCGACCUGUACGAUCGCAUGGUUGCGGCGGUGGACUCCUCGCACCAUGACGUGCCCUUUCUUCUCUACUGUCUCUGCGAGCAGGUGAACCACAACCUCCGCGGUGAUGCGCCGGAGGUAUUGGCAGGGAAGAAGAAGCGCACCCCCGAGCAGGUCAUGGAGUCGGCCAAGAAAGACUUUCAGUCGAUGAGCUCCUUCUUGGACCAGGCCAGCGACCUCCUCCUGCUGGGCAGGGACGCUCCGCGGGAGGACCAGGAGGACGUGGAGCCUCAGGGAAGCCUCAUCGACAUGGUCUUGAAGGAGGAGGCUGCUGCCCAAGGCCAUGUCGAAGAGAAGCCCUACAUUCCCGGAAUGGGCCCGCCACCAGGUGUGGGGGCAGCGUCGAGCGACACAGGGGACGAGUAUGUGAUCCCGUACUACGACCGGGUCAGCUGCAGACACGCGGGAGAUCGGCUGUCCGGGGGCAAGUCGGUGAUGCUGGAGUUAGAGCAGAUCUUGUCGCACCUGAGUGCUCCCGGCAUCAACCGGAGCGACUUCCCGAGGAGAGUGCAGAUGGACCCAGCGGAAAGGUCUGCCUUUCGAAAUCGAAUCUACAAGUUCCUACCAGGCAUGUCUGUGGUGGAGAUCGAGCGGAUGUUGAUCCUCCAGGAGUUUCAACAGCUCUUGCAUGAAGCGCAGCCGGAGCGUCAGUGGGAUCUCAAGGACCGCCUGCUCCACGAGAAGAUUCCCGCCGCCCUUCUGUGCCAGACGCUCCUGGAGGCCAGCUGCAGGGAGUACUUCGUGAACCUGAGGUAUGUGGAGCGUCAGGAUUGUCUGCUCAUCGCCAUGCACCAUCGUGCACUUCCUGGUCGCGUCCUUUGGCACUCCUGGGAGGGCGACCUCUUGGGACUCGCGCCAGGAAAGUUCAAGAACAGCCAGGAUCCUCGGGCCUGCCCCGUCCCAACCUUCAACGAUUGGUGGCAGCAUGUAUCAGGCCAUCCCAGCCUACAGCCCGGGCAGGACCUUCGACGGAGUCAGAGUGCUUCAAGAGAGGAGCUGCCGGUGGCCUCGCAGCACGACGCGGAAACGCAGAGUUUUACCAGUCUCUCAGCAAAGGAGGCGCUAGACCUUACGCGGCCCCUGGUGCCUAGCAAGGUGCUCGACAUGGAUGCCCGGGAGGUGGGCUACUGUCGCAUCGUGGAGAAGAUCUUGGUCCCCUCCGAUCGCUCUGUUAUUCUGCGCACGGCAUAUCAGCGGGGGGUUGGCGAAGCGGUGCCUCCCCUGUCGGAGCAGACAGAGGUUAAAUCGAUGUCGGUGGCCAGUGCGACGGGGGAGAGCUUCAGCAAGGAACAGCUCAGCUCUGCAACGGAUGAGGACGAGGAGGUACCUCCACCAGAACCUUUCGUGCCCGGUCCGAGGAGGGAGCUACGCACAGUUCGCGUUGUCAAGGAUGCAUUGACCUUUGGCAUGGUGACGGAUGGAGCUUGGGACGAGACCGUGGCAGCACUGAAGCUCACAGGACCCUCGAAGGAGGAGACGCCGGAAGCAUCGAAGGAGGAGGAGGAUGACGAGGCUAAGCAAGCCGAAGCUCUCCGAGUUGCACAGGGCAUCACCCACGAAGACGAGGAGGGGGCAGAGCCGAUGGAGGCGCCCCUGUUGGUUAGGGCUUCCAGCGUUUAG